AUGGUUCCACCCGAACGUUUGGCAGUGACUUUGCUCUAUCAAUGCUCCAGCAAUAUCCGCAAGUUCAAGGAGGAACAACAAAAGCGGAUUGAAGCUGAAGGACAAAAGUUGAGCUCCGAAUUGGUCUACCUCAAGCAGUACGUUGGGAAUGCCUGUGGUACCAUCGCCUGCAUUCAUAGCAUUGGCAACAACUCCCAGGUCAUGGGUAUAUCUGAAGAGUCUCCCAUCGGAAAGUUUUUGACGACGAUCAAAAGCAAGACGCCACAGGAUGCAGGUCUUGCACUGGUGGAUGCCACGGAUAUGCAUUCAGCGUCGGAGGCAAGUGCUCAAGGUGGACAAACUGCAGCCCCAGAGGCAACUGCUGACGUUGAUGCGCAUUUCAUUUGCUUUGUGGAGAAAGACGGCGAUCUCUACGAACUAGACGGAAACAAGGCCUUUCCGAUCAACCACGGUCCAGUCGGAGGUGAUCUGUUGGAAGCAGCCGCACAGGUCAUCAAGGCCAACUUCAUGGAACAAGAUCCAGAAAGCGUGAACUUCAACAUGAUGGCACUGGUGAGAAGCUGA